GUGUUACGCGCACAGAAGCUGGCACAAAAGACUCGUGUCAUUCCGUAGCCGAACCCUUAGAUCCACCAGCUCGAGUGUCACGUACAACAGUUCUAUCUUAACAACCGACAUGUUUGUUCGCUGCAGGUCUUCUAACGUGUCUGUGCUGUUUGGUUUCCAAAUAUAACUGAGACGUAUUCACGAUUGUAACUGCGAACGAGGCGUCGCGGUGAGUUCUGGCCCCGCCCCCAUCCUGCGGUCAGCCCGCAGGCGGUGUGCCACGCACAGAUUGAAAAAUGUGCGUUGCUGUACCGCGGAUGCUGCAGCGAGAAUAAGUGAAUAAACUUUAUUCAAGUUGAACUAAGUUUCACCGAAGACACAGAGAGCAUCCUCCCGCCCUCCGGUGAUCACGCUUCUCGUCGUUAUGGCGACCAAAACCAAAUGGGGGACGGUGAAGGACCGCGUGACUGGGAGCCCCAUCACCGAACUGGACGCCACACUGGAGGCAAACCUGGAGAAUGCUGACCCUGAGCUGUGUAUCCGCCUGCUGCAGGUUCCCACGGUGGUGAACUACUCCGGUCUGCGGCGGCGGUUAGAGACCAGCAAUCGGUCAUGGAUGGUGCAGUUCCUGGAGCUGCGGGGUCUAGACCUUCUGAUGGUAGCGCUGGAGCGACUGUCGGGCCGCGGCUGCGCACGCAUCGCCGACGCUCUGCUGCAGCUGACCUGCGUUGCCUGUGUCCGAGCUGUCAUGAACUCGUCUGCAGGACUGCACUUCAUCCUGGACAACGAGGGCUACGUCAGGACCCUGACCCAAGCUCUGGACACGUCCAACGUCAUGGUGAAGAAGCAGGUGUUUGACCUGCUGGCAGCUCUCACUGUGUUUGACCCUCAGGGACACCGCCUGGCUCUGGACGCCCUCGAGCACUACAAGAGUCUGAAGAAGCAGAAGUAUCGCUUCAGUGUGAUCAUGAAUGAGCUUCACGGCACUGAUAACGUCCCGUACAUGGUGACACUGAUGAGCAUGGUCAACGUCCUCAUGGUGGGACAAGAAGACCUGAGGAGGAGGGACCGACUGCGAAAGGAGUUCAUUGGGCUCCAGCUGCUGGAUCUGCUGCCCAGACUCAGGGACAUAGAGGACGAAGACCUGCAUAUCCAGUGUGAUGCAUUUGAGGAGUCUUUGUCAGCGGACGAGGAGGAGAUGGAGAAGCUGUACGGGGGUAUUGACAUGAGCAGCCAUCAGCAGGUCUUCACCUCUCUCUUCACCAAGGUGUCCAGCAGUCCUUCCUGUGUCCAGCUGCUGUCCAUCCUUCAGGCCUUGUUGUUGCUGGAUCCAGACAGAGCUGAGGUCUGGUUGGCUCUGGAGCUACUGGCUGACCGAGCUACACUGCUGGCCCAGGAUCCUGAGUUAGAUGCUGGUGAGUGUCUACGGGAGAGGCUCCUCCCCCAAAAGACCCUCUCAGCCAAUCGCAAGAUCCAAACCACUGACAGAGCGGUACAGACUCAACUACCAGUCAGUCCUCCUGGCCAGUCCGAGAUGCUUAUAAAAGAUGUCUCUGCAACCCCUGUGUCAACAGCGUCUUCUCAAGUCCCCCCCUGCUUACCUGGUUUGGGAGCUCCUCCUCCUCCUGCUCCCUUAACUGGUAUGGCAGUUCCUCCUCCUCCUCCCUUACCUGGUAUGGGAGCUCCACCUCCUCCUCCUCCUCUAGGUGGCAUCAUUGAAGCCCAGGUGGUUCAGGGUCUGGGCAGGUCAUAUACCAGCUCUGCACCCCUGAUAAGCUCCACCCCCUGCCCCACCCUCCGCAUGAAGAAACUGAACUGGCAGAAACUCUCGUCCAGACCAAUGACAGCUCAUCAGUCCUUGUGGACGUCAUCAUCUUCAGAGUCGGUGCAACCAGAUUACUGCAGCAUCGAGCAGCUUUUCAGUCUUCCUCCUACUGAGACCAAGACCAGAACCAAAGCCAAGACAGAGUCCAGUGAGAUUUCCUUCAUCGAUGCCAAGAAAAACCUCAACCUCAACAUCUUCCUCAAACAGUUCAAAUGUUCCCAUGCGGACUUUGUGUCCCUGAUCCGGAGAGGAGACAGGACAAAGUUUGAUGUUGAGAGCCUGAAACAGUUGAUUAAACUGCUGCCGGAGAGACACGAGAUAGAGAACCUGAAGUCUCACCAGGCAGAUCGGGAUAGGUUGGCCUCAGUGGAUCAGUUUUACCUGCAGCUGUUGGAUGUCCCCAGUUACUCUCUGAGGAUAGAGUGCAUGUUGCUGUGUGAGGAGAGCAGCUGUGUGUUGGAGACUCUGAAGCCCAAAGCUGAGCUGCUGGACCGAGCCUGCCAGAGUGUGAGGGAGAGCGCUCUGCUGCCGAGAUUCUGUAAACUCAUCCUGAGUGUUGGAAACUUUCUCAACUAUGGGACUCACACGGGAAAUGCUGAAGGUUUUAAGAUCACCACUCUGCUCAAACUGACAGAAACUAAAGCCAACAAGUCCAGGAUCACACUGCUGCACCACAUCCUGCAGGAAGUGGAAGCGAACCACCCUGACCUGCUGUUGAUGAUCUGUGAAAAGGCUGCUGGGUCGAAUGUGGAGUCGAUCCAGUCUGAAGCAAACUCUCUGAUGAAACAGCUCAAAACGUCUGAAGCCAAAAUUUUGUCCUCAUCUGAGGACCUGAAGGAGCAGUACCUGUCUGCCAUACAGGAGAGCCUGGAGUCAUGUGAGCAGCUGCAGCAGAAGUUGUCCUCUGUGGAGGACAGGAGGACAGAUCUCUCCGUCUACCUGUGCGAGGACAGCAGCAGCUUCUCCCUCGAUGAACUCUUCAACACCAUCAAGACCUUCAGGGGACUGUUCCUCAGAGCCCUCAAGGAGAACGAGGGUUUCAAGGAGCAGGAGAAGAGGAGGAAGAAGCAGGAGGAGGAGAAGAAACUGAGAGGAGAAACCAACAAGAUCAUCAGGAAGGAUGUCAGUCAGGAUGGAGGCUGCAUUAUCGACAACCUGCUGGCCGAGAUCCGGAAGGGCUACAACCUGAAGAAGACCAAGCCGCCAGCAGAGAGCGCCUGCAGAGUGCAGGACCGUCCUGAGUCCAUCCAGAGGACUGCGGCUGUGGACGAGCCUGACUCUUCUGUUUCCAGCCAAUCAGAGAGGCCUACAGACCGUCAAGAAACAGUCCAGGUACCUACGCCUGAAACAGCUGAAAGGGAGCCAGAACCAGACUCAGCUGAGACCACCAGAGACCUCACAGAGAUCCAGACCCCCCCUGAACCCACCCUUUGUACUGCUGCUGCUAGCACCAAGGGGACUGAGGGCCAGACCAGAGUCGCAGACUCUGAGAAGGAUUCUGGGCCGAUAGAGAGAGGUCCUGCAGAAGAAGAGGAGGUCCAGCUCAGACCAGAGGAUCCAGGAGAAAGCAAAGAUGGGAACGUGGAGUCAGUGUGCGAGAUCCCCUCUACAGAAGUGAGAGCAGCCAAAGAAGACUCUGGUCCAGAGACCGGUCCAACAGGAGCAGAAGAUCUCGUUCAGUCCAAAUGGAUUAACAGUAAGAAAGGAUGUGAGUUACACUGAGGUGCACAGAGGAGGACUCGUCUCCACGGCAACAGGACGAAAACCAAAAAUGAAAACAUGAACUGAUCAGUUAGAAAAAAACUGUCCAGAGAGAACCAGGUUCAGUGUUUUUAGAAAGGUUUUAUUUUUCUUUUUUAAAAGUCAGUCUGAGCAUGUCUGACAGCUGAUUGGUCAUAAAUGUUAUCAGUUUACCUGAGCAGACAGGUGGGAGGAGCCCUGGGUACUGAUAAUGAUACUGUUUUAGCUUUUGAGACUUUUGUUUUCCGGAUUAGUUGGAUUUUAUUGUUUCAUGUCAGUGGAAACUUGCUGAUGAAUCAUUCCAUUCAUUUUGUGCUAAGAAAUGCAGUGUAACACUACACAGCAAUACAGCAUGGGCUAAAUAUUCAAAUAUGAAUUUUGAAAUAACUCUAACUUAACUGACUUAACUGAAAUAACAAGCUUCACUUCUCAGCUUCUUUCCCAUUCUUCCAUCUGAAGUGUGACUGUGGACCAGGUUGCUGUGGAUCCUGGACUCAGGUCUGUGGGUUUUAGUUGUUAAACAUGGGCUGUUUGGAUCUUUGACAUUCAGUCUGCAAACUGAGCAACAGGAAGUGAAUCAGCAGCUGUUUUGACAUAAAAUCUCUAAUCUUCCUGUCAGUAUUUGAUCCUUUUGUCACAUGGCACUAAACUGAAGCUGUUUAUUUUUAACUGUUGCUAUGGCAACAUCAUCAGUCUGAAGUCUGACAAUAAAGAAAUUUAGAACAGAGUAAUCUAACACGGGGGUCCAACUCUGGCUGUUUGUCUUCCUCAUGCUCCCGCCUUUCACAUUAAAAGCCUUCACCAGUUCUCCCUGAGGACACACCAUGAAAACUGGGACUGUUCACUUGCAGACUCAGUUCGUCUGGUGUUGCACAGUGGGUUGGUUUUCACUGGAUGUUUAGGCUUUUUGAGCAUUUGGAGGGAUUUAGAAAGGCUGUGAAAUGUUUUGUAAAGUCUGGGAGUUUUCCAGAGUUCAGGGAAUUUGGCUUUUGAAUCCUUUCCAAAUGUUCUUCCUGUAGACUGGACGCAUGUAAACGUUCCUGUACAGGAGUCAGUGCAGAUCCUGACCUGACGUUGACCUGACGUUGACCACUGGCUCAGGGCUGCUGAGGCUUUUACAAACUGUUUACCUGUAAAUAAAGGUUUUAAUGAACGGG